GUUGGUGUUUGGACCCCUCUGCUGCUUUGGCCUCCGUGCGGCUUAGGGAGAAGGGGUUCCCGGGGGUAUUCAUAGGCCGAUGAGGGCCGGAGUCCGAGGGGAAGCCGACUGGACCCCACUGGCCUUGGGGGGAGCCGCCCAGCGCUUUCAGAGAUGGUCCUGGCAGAUGCCAGCUGGACCUACUGACACACAGCAGCAGCCACAGUGUGAGUGACGGGGCUCCACCUGAUUCUCCCAGGACCUUGUAAUAGAUCCAGAUAGCAGCCAUGAAAUCCAGGUAGAUGCCCAGGGUCAGGAAUGGAUGGGCCUUUGAGCAUAGCCCUCCAGGGCUCCGAGUUGGGAGGAUCCUGGAAGCAAGAGGAUGAGUUCCAGGAUCAGCAGGAAAACCAGGAGAACCAUCCAACCAUGGAGGCUGGGAUGCACAAGGGAGAUCCUACAAUGAAUAGUAUCCACCAAACCCCAAAAGCCACAUCGAGCCCUCUGGUAACCCAAGCAGGCAACCCCAGCAAAACCAGGACCCCGAAGUGCAGUGUGCCCAGGAAGAAGAGCACGAAUCAGAAGAGUGUGGGCGCCAGGCCCAAGAAGCCGUGGUUGUGCGGAGACUGCGGGAAGGCCUUCAGCUUCUGCUCGGCGCUCACCUCGCACCAAAGGAUUCACACUGGGGAGAAGCCGUUCUCCUGCCCCGAGUGCGGCAAGGCCUUCAGCCAGGCCUCCUACCUGGCGCAGCACCUGCGCGCACACUCCGAAGAGCGGCCCUUCGUGUGCGGGCAGUGCGCCCAGGCUUUCCGCUUCUCCUCAGCGCUCAUCCGGCACCGGCGAGUCCACUCGGAGGAGCGGCCGUUCCGCUGCGGCCAGUGCGCCCAGGCCUUCCGCUUCUCCUCGGCUCUCGCCCGCCACCAGCGCAUCCACACCGAGGAGAAACCUUUCCGCUGUGGCCAGUGCGCCAAGACCUUCACGCAGAUGGCGCAUCUUACGCAGCACCAGCGUGUGCACACAGGCGAGAGGCCCUACGCCUGUCCCGACUGUGACAAGCGCUUUGGCCACAGCGCCUCGCUAGCCGAGCACCGGCGCAUCCACACUGGCGAGAGGCCCUUCGCCUGCGGCCAGUGUGCCAAGACCUUCACGCAGGUGUCGCACCUGGCGCAGCACCGGCGUGCACACACCGGGGAGCGGCCCCACGAGUGCCAGGACUGUGGCAAGCGCUUUGCCAGCCGCGCACACCUCACCCAGCACCGCGUGGUGCACACAGGGGAGCGGCCUUACCCAUGCCCACAGUGCGGGGCCACCUUCAGCCACGCGUCCACCCUCGGGGAGCACCAGAAGACCCACAGCGACGAGCGGCCCUACAAGUGUGGGCAGUGCGGGAAGGCCUUCCGCACCCGCGCCUCCCUCAUCCAGCACCAUCUCGUGCACACCGGCACGCGACCCUACGAAUGCAGCUGCGGGAAGACCUUCAGCUGCUGCUCCGCACUCCUGCGGCACCGGAAAAUGCACGACAAGAAGCGCCACUCAUGUGGCCAGUGCGGGGACACCUUUUCCCAGCUCCGACACCUGACUCAACACCUGAGCUCUCAUGGGGAGGAGAAGCCAGUUAGCAGUGGUGAUUUAGCAGACACCUGUAUGAAUGCUCAAAACGAUAAGAGCUGAGGCAGGGAGGGAGGAAGUGGCUUUUCUUCCAUCAUUGGGUUUUGAACUCAGGACUCACCUUACAAGCACUCUACCACUUGAGCCACAUCCUUUUUGCUUUAUUUUUCAGAUAGGAUCUUGCCUUUUUUGCUGGUGGCCCCUGACCAGGAUUCUAUUUCUGCCUCCCAAAUAACUGGUAUUACAGGCAUACACCACCACCCAGGGCCCAAGUCGGGAGCAUUUUUACACCUGGUUUCCACCAAAAAGCACACAGGGCAGGAAAUGGACCCCACACCUGCCACAUACCCAACCCACCAUCUCCCUGAUGCAAAAUGAUAAAAGUGGUGCAGGUGGAAAUGCCUGUGAGCAUCAGGCUGGCCUUUUCAUUGUGUUAAUUGAUUGUAUGAUUGAUUUGGCACUUGUCCCAUAAAUUGACUACAUGAGUAUAGUUUGGCUACUUUGAUGAAGUUCUGUUUACUAAAGGAGCAGAGUCUGAAAAAGAAGUCUGGACCUGCUGAUCUAGAUAUGUGUUUAGAGAAAACAAACAAGUGCAAACAGGCAGCUGGUCUAGAGGGGAGUGCCUCUCCCCUGUGGGGGGCUUCUAGAGCAGACCCCACCUUUUUCACUCCCAGCUGUUUUCCCUCCCAACUGAAAGACUUGACUUUACUGCUUGUAUCAGUUAGCUCUUGCUGUGUAACAAGUCAUCCAGAACUCAGUUGUUUCUUAAUAUUUCCUGAAUCUGCAGGUAAGCUGGGUGGUUCUGUUGGUCUGGACCAGGCCUGGUUGAUCCUGGCUUGCUUUUGCCUUGAGGUUAGCUAUGGGUCACCCAGAGGGCUGGCUGUCCAGGAAGGCUAGGCUGGCCAAACUCAGCUGACCUUGUUACAUGCCACCCACUUAUGUUUUCUGGGUGGUAGCAGCGGUUGAAAGUGGAUACACACUCAGUUGAAGCCUCUGGUGCUGUCUAUCAGGUUUGCCCAAGCAAUUCUCACAGCCAAGCCCAGGAGCAGUGAAGAAGAGCCUGUCCACGGUGACUCCAGGGAAAAGUGAAGCAGGGACCACUUGUGCCAUCCACCCACCACAGUGGUGAAAUGAAAGUAACUAUCACCUACUAAGAAACUGCCCUGAAUUCCUCCUGCAAGAGAAAGAGGGAAGCAUGCAGGAGCUUACACUCUGCUACCACCUAGAAAACCCAGGUGGUGGUAUGUUAAGUCUAUAGCCUGGAGUCUAUAACUGGAGAAGGAGCUGAAUUACCAAAAAUAUUUCUGAACUUUUGAAAUUUGGUGAUCAUCAAAUUUGAUGAUGUCUGUAAUCCCAGCUACUCAGGAAGCAGAGACAGGUGAAUCUCCAUUUCAAGGCCAGCUUGGGCAGUUAGUGAGAAGAGCCUGUCUCAGAGCAAUAUAAAUGGGCCGGGUAUGGUGGCAAAUGCCUGUAUCCCAGCUACUCAGGAGGUGGAGAUCUGGAGGAUCACUAUUCAGGAGGCCAGGCCAAAAGUUAGUGAGUUCCUACCUCAACCAGCAAGCCAGGCAUGGUGGCACCUGAUUAUAAUCCUAGGUAUGUAGGCAGAGGUAGGAAGAUCUCAGUAUGAGGCCAGCCCUGGGCAAAAGUACAAGGACAUAUCUGGAAAAUAGAUAAAGCAAGAAAGGGUUGGGGACACGGCUCAAGUGGUAGAGCACCCGCCUAGCAGGUGUGAGGCCCUGAGUUCAAAGCCCUGUGUCACCAGAUAAAAAUGCCUGGGGGCAAGGAUCAAGUAGUAGAACACUUGCCUAGCAAGCACAAGGCUCUGGGUUCAAUUCCCAGUACUGCCAGAAAAAGAAAAAAAAAAAUUGAGGAUUAGCAGAUAAAGUGAAGAGUGAAAGGAAUUAGCCCGGGCUGCUGAAGCCCCCCCCUGGUGGCCGCGUACAGCAGUCGCACCCGCCGCACAAUCAGAAUUGCCCAUACUUGGAGCAGGCAGUUUCAUGGGGAGAAUUACAAGUCCAGGCUCCCACUCAUCUUUACGUACCUGCCCCGCCACCAUGCUUCCCAGAAACUAUAUCCACGUGCCGUUGGAGGAGGAGCCAGAGCAGCCUCACAAGCAUGGGGUUGGGGUGGGAAAGGUAAGGUCCACAUGGCAAGGAUGUGCAGGGCUCCCCUGAUCACAGCCGGUCCUGCAAUUCCACCUCAGAGGUCUCAGUAUCUCAGGAAGACCCACCAAAGGCGCAGGAACGACCGUUGAGGAUGCUGACAGGAGCGACACUGACCCAUAACUUGUCAGGAGGGUGCAAGCUAGGACAGUAGUGUGGGCUGCAGAAGGGGUGCCACUGGAAGGGGCUGGGGAGGUGUACCUGAGAUCCGAAGGAGGUAAGGGACCCAGGUGAGGCUGAGGGGAGAGCAUCCUACCGAAGGUCCUGAGGCAAGCC